AUGGAAGAAUCCCAUAAAGAGUUACAACUACUUUCCACGCCACACACUGCAGCUUCUUCAUCAGCACGGCCACCAUAUUCUUCUACGAAACUCCGAUCAACUGAUCGUUUUCAGGGUCCAUCAACACUAGACCUUCAACUGUCAAUAAGUGUUUCUCCAUUCAAACCACCUUCAGAUAGUGUUCUAAUAAGAAAAGUUAACCAGAAGUCGAUUUCUAGCCCUGUCGAGGCGUUGAAAUGGCAUUCAGCCGAGCAAAUUCGCUUAGCAGCAAUGGAGGAGGCUUAUGCAGAGCGUGUGAGAGAGCAUACAAGGAGGGAAAUGGAGUUAGCACAGUCUGAAUUUGCACUUGCACGUAGCCUGUGGGAUCGUGCUAGGGAAGAGAUAGAGAGAGCCGAGAAAAUGAAGGAAAGGGCCACUCAACGGUUAGAUUCAACAAGCAUGGAAAUCACUUGCCAGUCUUGCUGGCAAAUGUUUAAACCUUAA